GGGGAGGGCUGGGAUCCUGCAAAUCCAAUGGGCCUGUAGGUGGCCUGGAUAUUUGAGAGUCCCCCCGGGUGGCCAUGGAGCCCCCCGGCCUCCUUACCUUACUGUUCCUGCUGCCCAGGGCGAAGCAGAGUUUGCCUAAAUCUGGUGACCCCCGCCCCUCCCCGAGCUGCCCAAACCCUGUGAUACACAGGAAAGACCAACACCAGCCUUGGAGUCCAGCCAUCACCAACUUUGCUCAGGCCCCAGGGCCCUUGCUGGCGCUUCCUUCUCUGCCAGGGGCACCACUCUGCUCUCUCUUGGGGUGCGCAGUGCUAGGCAAGGGCCUGCCCUUUGCCGGUGACAGAUGCCAUGGGUGGACAGCUCAGAAUUGUUACAGUUUGGGGGAGGCCCUGGGUGGGAGAUGUCCCCACAUCGAGCAGGCACGGCCCCAGACUUUGCCAGGGCACCAUAGGGCAGCGGGAGCCAGAGGUGUGGCUUGGCCUGCCCCCCCCCACAGGGGUCCUUGCCCUCUCUGGGGGGUCUUCCUGGGCCGUGGGCAGCCUCAGUCCCACUCAGGAUCCUGGGGAGGUCACCCUGUUCUAGGCUGGGGCUGCCCCGGCUCGAAAGGAGCCCUUCAGCGUGGGGCUGUCCCCUCCCUACGCCCCGCUUGAGGCGCAAGUGGUGAAAGGGCUUCUUUCUUUUUUGCUAAAAGGUGUGUGUGUGUAACUUCUCAGUCUCGGGGUAAUUUUAACUCAGAGGCCAGCCAAAAAAUGCCACUGGGUCUCUUUUUUGCCCCUGGCCGCGGCAGGGCGGCGAGAGGCGGCGCGGGGGCCCCAGGUGGGCCCUGCUGAAUGGGGGGCUUGUGCACUGGCGUCGGGGCGGGAACUGGCGCCCAGCCCACCGCCCGCCCCGCCCGCCGCCGGGGCCCAGGCCACCGCCGGCCGCUGCCGCCGCUCAGAGCGCGGCUGCAGCCAUGGCCGGAGCCCCCUCCCUGGCCCUGCUCCUGCUCGGGCAGCUCCUGGCCGCGACCGUGACCGAGGCGCAGAAAGUGGGACCCCAAGGCCCCCCGGGCCCCCAAGGGCCACCUGGGAAGCCGGGCAAGGACGGCAUUGAUGGAGAAGUUGGGCCUCCGGGUCUGCCAGGGUCCCCGGGACCAAAAGGGGCCCCAGGGAAGCCAGGAAAACCAGGGGAGGCUGGGCUCCCAGGACUGCCUGGUGUGGACGGUCUGACAGGGCAGGAUGGACCACCCGGCCCCAAGGGCGCACCUGGAGAACGGGGAAGUCUGGGCCCCCCGGGGCCCCCCGGGCUGGGGGGCAAAGGCCUCCCCGGACCCCCGGGAGAGGCCGGAGUGAGCGGUGUCCCUGGUGGAGCUGGCCUCCGGGGCCCCCCGGGACCCUCGGGACUACCGGGCCCCCCUGGCCCCCCAGGACCUCCUGGAGCCCCUGGUCACCCAGGGGUCCUCCCUGAAGGCGCUACUGACCUGCAGUGCCCAGCCAUCUGCCCACCAGGCCCUCCUGGGCCCCCAGGAAUGCCAGGGUUCAAGGGGCCCACCGGCUACAAAGGGGAGCAAGGAGAGGUCGGCAAGGAUGGCGAGAAGGGUGAUCCUGGCCCCCCUGGGCCCGCAGGCAUCCCAGGCACUGUGGGGCUGCAGGGGCCUCGGGGCCUUCGAGGUCUGCCGGGGCCGGCCGGGCCCCCCGGGGAUCGAGGUCCCAUUGGAUUCCGAGGGCCGCCAGGGAUCCCAGGAGCCCCUGGGAAAGUGGGUGACAGAGGUGAGAGGGGCCCAGACGGGUUCCGUGGCCCCAAGGGUGACCUUGGCAGACCAGGUCCCAAAGGAGUCCCUGGAGUGGCCGGGCCGAGUGGAGAGCCGGGUAUGCCAGGCAAGGAUGGCCGGGAUGGUGUGCCGGGACUUGAUGGAGAGAAGGGAGAGGCUGGUCGCAGUGGUGCUCCAGGAGAGAAGGGUCCCAACGGGCUGCCGGGCCUCCCUGGACGAGCGGGGUCCAAGGGCGAAAAGGGAGAACUGGGCCGAGCUGGGGAGCUGGGUGAGGCCGGACCCUCAGGAGAGCCUGGCAUCCCAGGAGACGUCGGAGUGCCCGGGGAGCGCGGGGAGGCUGGACACAGGGGCUCGGCGGGGGCUCUGGGCCCACAAGGCCCUCCCGGAGCCCCUGGCGUCCGAGGCUUUCAGGGCCGGAAGGGCAGCAUAGGCGACCCCGGCCUGCCAGGCCCCCAGGGCCUCCGAGGUGGCAUGGGUGACCGGGGUCCUGGAGGAGCCGCAGGCCCGAAGGGAGACCAGGGAGUCGCAGGUUCCGACGGUCUUCCAGGGGACAAAGGAGAGCUGGGUCCUGGUGGUCCCAUCGGUCCCAAAGGAGAGGCGGGCAGUCGAGGGGAGCUGGGCCCGAAGGGCAUCCAGGGCCCCAACGGCACGAGGGGCGUGGACGGCGUCCCAGGCCCACCUGGCCCUGCGGGCUUCCAGGGCGUCCCGGGCGUGCCUGGCAUCACCGGCAAAGCCGGCGUCCCGGGGCGAGAGGCCAGCGAGCAGCACGUCCGGGAGCUGUGCGGGGCGAUGCUCAGCGAACAAAUAGCACAGUUAGCUGCUCACCUGAGGAAGCCGUUGGCGCCAGGAUCCGCGGGCCGGCCUGGUCCAGCCGGGCCCCCCGGGCCCCCCGGGCCCCCCGGCUCCACCGGCCACCCGGGUGCUCGAGGGCCCCCGGGAUACCGAGGCCCCACCGGAGAGCUGGGAGACCCUGGGCCCAGAGGGACCCAGGGAGACCGGGGAGACAAAGGCGCGGCGGGCGCGGGUCUGGACGGCCCUGACGGAGACCAGGGGCUUCAAGGACCGCAGGGCGUGCCCGGCGUUAGCAAGGAUGGCCGCGAUGGGGCCCACGGCGAGCCUGGGCCUCCGGGCGACCCUGGCCUCCCAGGCGCCGUUGGCGCUCAGGGGACCCCUGGCAUCUGUGACACCUCGGCCUGCCAAGGAGCCAUGAUGGCAGGGGGUGGGGAAAAAUCCGGUUCUAGAAGCUCCUAAAACAGAACUGAAGGAAGCGGGGGAGAAAAGGAGGCUGCUGCAAACAGGGGGCUCCGGAAGGAGGGGACCCGGGCCACGAGGUGAGGUCCCCCCCGGCCCGGUCCUCGCGUCCACACGCAGGCCCCUGAGAGCGUCCUCCCCGACCGGGCCUUCGUGUGGUCACCGUCGUCACACCUCAGGCCAGGCCCCAUGUGACGCGGCCCCUGCACGACCCCAGAGAAGACACUCGCCACACAGCGUUUGUGGGAGGAGGGGCCGCGGCGGGACCGGCGGCGGCCCUGCCGCACGCGGUCUAGGCUGACUUUCCCGCUUCCGUGGACAGACGGUUACCUGUCUCCGAUUAACGGUAUUUAUUGAAGCCGACUCCGUGCCGCACGGAGGUCUAGCGCUAUUACCUGUUGUGAUAAAUAAAGCCACUCGUGUGAAAAACUCGGUUCCAAACACUAUAGAGUUUAUUAUACAGAAAGCAAGGACUCUCAAUAUGGAAACGAGGGCACCGAGUCACCCGCUGUGACAACACUUCACCGACGGACAGAAAGGGCUUCGCGGGGGGUCUGGGAGACGCCCAGAGGGAGGCCGGAGCCAGGCGCCUGCACAGGGGAGAGAGAACCAGUGAAAUUUCCAAACUACUUGUAACUAAGAACAACUGAACUUGUUCUGGUGGCUACGUGGGCACAUCCAAAAUGUAAAUAAAAUAAGUCAAAAGCAAUAUA